AUGGCGAAUACUUCUUCGUCCAACUUCAAACCAGCGGAAUGUCCGUAUUUGAAGGAUGUGGCUUGGCGAGAUGAGUUCCUGGUGACAGAAGGUACCUACAACCACCUGCUCGCUAUAAUCAGCAUCAAUUCCAUCUCAGUUUUACCAACUGUGUUGUUGAAUGCUCUGGUGAUCUUUGCUGUCGCAACAAGAGGACAGUUGCGAAAUAAAGCGACAAUCCUUCUGGCGUGCCUGGCCGGGGCGGAUCUUUUGACAGGGCUGCUGGGACAGCCGAUACGAAUAGCGACAGAAGUGCAGCGACUACGGAAAACUGGCACAUUUUGUGGAGUUUUGGAAAGAGUAAGUAUUUUAUCCUUAGGAUGGCAUAUCUUCGCGACCUUGUCUCAUCUUCUACUAAUAACUGUUGAUAGGUACAUUGCUAUUAAAAAACCGUUAAGGUAUCGAGAGAUUGUCACAACACGACGGGUAACAGUCGCUGUGCUUUUAGCGUGGGCUUCAACGAUAUUUGUGGCAAUUCAAGAUAGCAUUCUUGCUGCAAUAAACAGUGACACAAACAUUUAUAGUGUUUAUUGGAACCUAACGGUCGUAACGUUCAACAUUUUAGGUUUGAUUUCUAUAAUUGUCAUCGUAGCAAUUUACUUGUACAUUUUCUUGGAAGUCCAGCGCCAACAAAGAUCUCAGACUGAGCAUUUAAGCGUAGAAGAAAUUGCAACAAUCAGAAGAAACAACCGAGCGGCCAAAACCCUUGGAAUCAUCCUUAUUACAUUAAUUGUAACAUACCUGCCAAUGAUAGUAUCCAGUAUAAUGUAUUAUUCUGUGAAUCUACAACGGCCUGUUUUAAACUGCCUGGCGAGCUGGGUGGCAACGUUAAUAAUGUUGAGUUCCCUGUGCAAUCCAGUUAUUUACUGUUGGCGCAUGAAGAAAUUUCGCCAAGCUUUUUUGGAAAUUCUCCAUUUAAGAAAUCGAGAAAACAAUCAGCCACAAAGAGCGAUAGAGAUGCAAAUAAUUCAACCAGCACAUUAAGAAAAACCAGCACUGAACUGUUUUUUUUUUCACUCAAGUCAGUCCCUUUUUGUAUACACGGACGCGUUUUAUACCGUCAAAAUCAAAGAUCUCAGUUCAGGGAACACGUCUAUGUAGACGAUAUGUUCACUUCUAGAUAUAUUAGAAAAAUGGUUUGGUGCGAAAAUCACUGGAGGGUCCUUUUCUGGGGAAAGUCAUGUGUCUGUUCCAAUAAAUACUGUAAAUAAAACAAUAAAUACUGUAAAAAAUUAAAAAAAAAUACUGUAAAAUUAUAAUUACGGCUCCUGAUACUGUAAGUAAAAUUAUUAUAUAUUCCGUGAAACAGGUAGCCUGAUAAAAAAAAACAAUAUAAGACGCACGCGAUCUGGGGAAUGGGGCGGUGGCGGUAAAAAAGUGCCUUCUCGCUCUUUGCGUUUUCACGGGUCUCUGCAUUGCUAUCUUGUUAGCCUGCUUUAGCUGGCGGGAUUCUUGUGCUGGGGGUACAUUCUUAAUCCGCCAUCUUUGCACGCGUUAAAGGACUGAUGGGAAGAAAGCAAGAUGGGAAAAAAGCAAUGUCGCGUGGUUUUUCAGGGGGCAAACAAAAUAAUGAUAAAAGCUGCCAAUGCAAGAAACCGCCGUCGAGUUUGUUUAUGCUAUUAAAACAAGACGACGAUUGAAUAGACUAGCAAAAGGUACAUUUGGAGUUUCGACAAGAUUUACGUCAUUAUUGUUUGCUGAGAGGACAUCUACGGUUGCUACAGCAUCCAAAGAAGUAACGAUGUUUACUUCUACCCAUAAUUUGUCAUUAUCGUCUUUAUAAUGAAAAGUUCUUUAUUUUCUGUUGUUUAGAGUAAACAAACUCGACCGAGAUUUCUUGUAUUACAGAGAUUAAGAUUUACGUUUACGCCAAACGGCAGACGUGAAUUUGUACCACGUGACAAAGUUUUCCCCUUAUUUUCCGUUUUCUCUUUAUUGCUUCUAAACAAAAACAAGUUGUUUUAUGCCAGUUUUAACCAUAGGAAUCGUUCGGGACUGUUUUUGUCUGUUUAUUUUCUAUACUUAGAAAUNGCUGAGAAAAGAACAGACUAAUAUUAAUCGUAUAUGGUGUUCGUUGGUGCUUACACCCUCAUGUUAUUGCACUGAAAAGGUGAAAACUUUUUUCUUUCUAGCUAAGUUUGUGAUAGAUAAUUAAAACGGUGGAAGUGUAAGGGGCGGUCUCAGGUAACAAGGAGGGGGGGGGGGGGGUCCGCGACCCCCGGAUAAAAAGCGGGGGGGGGAGCGGGGAGCCCGGGCCCCUCCCUUGGAUCCGCCACUGAAUAUAUUGUUCUGUAGUAUUUCCCUCAAUAUAAAAACGUACGAUCGACAUUAAGACUCACUCAGAGCCAUAAGGACCCACUCUUAAAAUUAGCCUGCGUAGCAAGCGUUUCCGUUUGGUUUCGAAGCAAAGAAAGACCGAGGAAGGGCACUUUCGGUUUUGACCCCGCGAGAAAUGAAACAAGAGCCACCAUUUUUCGCGCGGUCUUUGACUCUCGUUCCUCGUUCUUUGCUCCGAAACCGCACAGAAACGCAUGCUACGCAGGCUAUCUUAAAAUAGCAGAGAAAAACAUCGAAAAUUGUAAAAAUCGAAUCGAAUUUUAUAACAAAGUAAAAUUUUAUUUUGUGAUCUAAAAAACGAAUUUUAUAAUGACAUAAGUCGGGUUCUGCGCGAGCAUAUAUCAAUUAUUUCAAGCAGUAAUGUUCGUUUUGCACACAUGAUGAGCUGUCUAACGGUGAUGUGACAUAAGACGAUUCGCAACGACGACUUUUAGCGUGACAUAGCAUCGUAACUAUAUUGCAACAUUGUUUGGAAUGGUUGCAACACUGUUCCAACAUUACGACACUGUGAUACGUUCAAAAUCGUCGUUGUCAGUCGUUUUGAUUUUCUAUUGACCACUCGAGCCAACUAGGCUGGGCGGUGGGUGGGGAGGGGUGGGCGCAUAAGGAUAAGAGCGAGUCGGUUGUAGUGCGCAGCUCCUCUUUUUAUUAAGUUUCGACUUGACUCCCGCGUCAGACUUUCUAGACCAGCUGCCUGGCUUCCUGAUUUUUUUCUUGUUUUUUUUUUUUUUUUUNUUCACUGGUUAAGAUGAACUCAACAAAUUGGUCUGCUCCCAAUGUGUGGGUCUUCAUACCUCCAAGGGUGUAGCCAUGGAAACGAAUCCCGCUGGAGUCCCAAGUUUCUUUUUUUUUCGGGUUUAUUUGCAAUUGCUUAAAUUGCAAUUACCACUUCGAUGAUCAUAUCUUCAUUUAAAAAAUUUUAUUUCCGCAGUUCACACUCGAAUAAGAAUUAAUCCAGUAGUCAUGCAAAUUACGUUUGAUAUUUUGAUAAUCCUGAACACUUUUCAGCAGCAGCACGGUAUAAUAUUUCAAUUUGACAUUAACUGAGCUUAGAGAGGAUAAAUUCAGUGUAAACUGGCCACUGUCUGUAAAAAUGUUGGUCAGAUCAGAUCCUGAUCUGAAUGUAGAGAGCGUGCCAAUAAUUUAUUCCUACUCAGCAGUUCUAAUUCUCUUUUUUUCUUAUUUUGCUAUAACAACGUUAUUCGAACAAUUAACUCAGAGUAGGUAUUUGCAUCAGAUCUUCUUUGGAAAAUCUCAUGUUCAAAGAAAAUUGCACCUUUCAGGAAACAAUUGAGUGUUAAUCCACAAAAUUAGGCAGACUUUACGAAAAGAGGAGUCUGAAAACGAUUGCAUGAAAAUCGACCUUCCGUAUUUAAAGCCGGAUUUGGGAAUAAAUGUUUUAACUAAUCAUAUAAUAAAUAACACUAAAAUACACUGAGUAAGAAGAUAGUCAGCCUUCAGAUGCACAAUAGCAGCUUUGUGUCCCUUUCGGAAAUGGAAAUCAUUUUUUUACGUAAACUGACCAAUGAAAUUCAAGCUUUGUUGAUGAAAAAUAAAAUAAAAAAAAGGACGAAAAAUUUAGUUGUGAUUCAAAAACCGUUUUGAUUUUGUUCGCAUCGCGCCUUUUCUAAGAGUCUGUAUACUUUUAUGGCACCCUUAAAGUAAAAUAACAUGGCGAAUACUUCUUCGUCCAACUUCAAACCAGCGGAAUGUCCGUAUUUGAAGGAUGUGGCUUGGCGAGAUGAGUUCCUGGUGACAGAAGGUACCUACAACCACCUGCUCGCUAUAAUCAGCAUCAAUUCCAUCUCAGUUUUACCAACUGUGUUGUUGAAUGCUCUGGUGAUCUUUGCUGUCGCAACAAGAGGACAGUUGCGAAAUAAAGCGACAAUCCUUCUGGCGUGCCUGGCCGGGGCGGAUCUUUUGACAGGGCUGCUGGGACAGCCGAUACGAAUAGCGACAGAAGUGCAGCGACUACGGAAAACUGGCACAUUUUGUGGAGUUUUGGAAAGAGUAAGUAUUUUAUCCUUAGGAUGGCAUAUCUUCGCGACCUUGUCUCAUCUUCUACUAAUAACUGUUGAUAGGUACAUUGCUAUUAAAAAACCGUUAAGGUAUCGAGAGAUUGUCACAACACGACGGGUAACAGUCGCUGUGCUUUUAGCGUGGGCUUCAACGAUAUUUGUGGCAAUUCAAGAUAGCAUUCUUGCUGCAAUAAACAGUGACACAAACAUUUAUAGUGUUUAUUGGAACCUAACGGUCGUAACGUUCAACAUUUUAGGUUUGAUUUCUAUAAUUGUCAUCGUAGCAAUUUACUUGUACAUUUUCUUGGAAGUCCAGCGCCAACAAAGAUCUCAGACUGAGCAUUUAAGCGUAGAAGAAAUUGCAACAAUCAGAAGAAAC